AUGGAGACAGUAGAAAUGGAGGACGGGACAGAGAGUAUACUGACGGAUGUAGGCUUUAUGUUUGAUACAUUCUUAGAAAAAGUAACAUGUCGAUAUGAAUAUGGAGUGAAUGCGGAUGUCUCGGUAUUACUGACGUAUACAAAGGAUGAACCUGGUGCAUUACAGAGUGGUCAUUAUAUCUGGCCUGCAGCUCCAGCAUUGUGUGAAUACCUGACGAAGCAUCGUGAUGCGAUUCCAAGCGGUAAUGUAGUCGAAUUAGGAGCUGGAUGUGGACUCACGGGCUUAGCUGUGGCUCAACUUCAACCUACUGCCACUGUAAUCUUUACGGAUCAUGAUCCAGGCGUGCUUAAGGUUAUUGAGCAUAAUGCUGGCCAACAGGCACGAACACAGGCCAAGUGUCUUACUCAAAGUUUACGAUGGGGACCAGAAGGAGAUAAGGAAAUUAAAGCAUUGGAGACAUUACAGAGUGGAGCAGCAGAUAAGAAUCACCAAGUGACAGCGUUAAUUGUCGGCUCCGACGUUAUCUACGCGCGAGAAGUGGUGCCACUGCUCUUUUGGACAGUUAAUCGAUUGCUUUCACCCCAAGGUGUCUUUCUCAUGUGCUCAAGUUUUGGAUAUGAUGAUGAGACGGAGCAGGAGAUUGAUAUCCAGAGUGUUAAGUACGGUCUACAGCGAGACAUUAUCGAGUGUACAUUGAAUGAAGGAGGGACCAGAAUUCAGCGCUUUACAAGGACAACAAACAGGUAG